AUGGAGGAAUUCUGCGAAGAUUACAAAUGCACACCCCAUAUCUACUCCUUAGAUGAGGAACCCGAUGGCGAGUUCCUCGUCCCAUAUUCCAGAAAAGGCCACGAAGCAAGCGCGUACCUGAGUUACAUAAUCGACAACUACAAUAACCUUCCACCCUACACAAUCUUCAUACAUGGCCGUGAAGAGCAAUGGCACAACGACGUCGCAGGACCAAACACCCAAAACGUGCUCGCAAACCUCCGCUACGAAGCUGUCAGUAUAAACGGCUACGUCAAUUUACGAUGCACCAACAGACCCGGCUGCCCAAGCACAAUAUUUCAACAGUUUCCUGUAGCGGUUGACUUUGACUAUCAGUAUAUGAUCAAUCAGCUACCCGAAAUCCUGGGUCAUCUCCUCGGAAUUGAUCCCAGCGAGGCGCCAACUGAUAUCGGGCAUCAGUGCUGCGCACAAUUUGCCGUGACAAGGGAGCGAAUUCAAGAGCGGCCUCGAAUUGAGUAUAUCCGCAUUCUUGAGUGGAUUGCCACCACUGAUAUGACAGACAAUUAUGGUAUUGGAUGGUUGAUUGAGAAACUGUGGCAUAUCAUUUUUGGCAUGCCAGCAGUCUAG